ACACCAGCCAGGAGGGAAGGAGUGCAGAAGGUUAUAAAAAUCAGGGACAGAGUGGUGCAUUUUCAUUUUUAGUCUAGAGGAAAAUUGGUGAUCUUUUUUUAAUUGCUGUGUGAUCCUGGACAUCAGAGUUGAGAUGGGCAACGAGAACAGCAGUGCAGAGAACGAGAACACUCCACAAGACUCAGAAUUAGGCCAACCUCCUGGUAAUGGCCACAAUUUAAAAAGGAGCCCUCAGAAAAAGAGCACAGCAAAGUCUGGAGGUCAGGACACCUCAGAUCCUCUUGCUGCUGCUGUGCCACUGGCUGAGAGCUUCUCCCCCUCGACUGCAGGACCUGCAAGCAUCGGUAAUGAAGGCAUCAGUAGCCACAGUGCUGAAGAGCAACCCAGCCCAAAUUGCAGCCCGGGGUGUCCAGAGGGGACGGGACAGAACGCUGCCUUGCAAGAGCAAGGACAGACAGACUCUGAUUCCUUAAAGCGCUCUGCUGAAGCAAGGGAGAGAAUCCUGCCUGUCCCAGGCUGUCCCAAAGAACCUGCCACAGGCAGCAGUGACAAAUCACUCACCUCAGCCUGCGACAGAGCACAGCCAUCACCUGGUCCAGGGGAUGACAAAGAAGAGGGAUCAGCACACGCUGGAUCUGCGGACAAUUCUGCUGCCUCCUGUACCAAAAGCAGCGAGAAUGAGCCCAGAAUGCCACGCCAGGAGCCCAGCCCUGCACUCCCAGCAGUGCAAGGAGCCACAGCAGUGAGUUUGGGUGAAUUAGGAUCACUCCAGCUGGAUGAGCAGCUGGGUGGCAUGAGGGAGCCACAUGGCAGCACGUUUCCCCGGGGUGAAGCAGCAGGAGAUUGUUUUACUGCUCAGGAGGCCGAGCAGGAGCGAGGAGUUUUGGAAGUAGGUCAGCUGCAGGCAGUAAUGCAGCAAGGUAGACAGAAGACAGAUGGUGGAGAGGGUCUGCUAAUGAAAAAGGAAACCUUAAUCCCAAAUUAUCCAGCAACAGGAGGCUCAGAUGGUGAAAAAUUUGGAGCGAUUGCGAAUGCUCAGGGCUUCACUGAGAUCUGUAAUCUACAGAUGGGGGCUGAAACAACAGCUAAAGGGAAUGAGGCAAAUCCAGCUCUAUCUGGAAGCAAAAGGGAGCAAUCAGAACCCUGUACUUUAAUGUCAGAGUUGCCUCCUAGCCCUCCAAAUCUCUUCCUGGUACCAAAGCCUGAAGAGCCUUCGAGGGAAUAUGUGCCUGGAAAUGGCUCUCAAGAUCCAGAGAGUGAAGCAGUGAAAACAGCCCCUGAAAAAAACAAACCCCUUUUUCAGAGAGAGCUUCAAAAGCAGGAUGAGCUUGUUAGUGCCGAGCGUUUCAGUGUGCCUUUAUCAUUUGGGAGAGAGGAAGAAGAAAAAUCAGCUGUCACAACUGUAAGCCCAAAAGAAGCCAAUAGCAAUGAAAUCAUAAAAGCUGAUGAUGUGUCUAGAGAAAGCAACACACUCUCUGAAACAGAAAGCAUUAUCAGUCCCACCAAAGAUAAUUCAGUGGUAGAUAAAAGAAUAUUACUGGAAGAAUAUGCAUUAAGUACUUCUUUGAGCAGAUCCACAGAGCUGCAUCAAAAAGAAACGGGGGCGGAUGUAACAGGAAGAAAAAAUGGAAUCAGAACAGAGGAUGCACAAGUGUCAGAAACCAGUGAAUUACCUGAGGGCUUGAGUGAGGCAGGAAGACAGCUAUUGAGCUCUGUUAGUACCCACCACCAGGACAUGGAAAAUACCCACUUGGAACAUGAUCCUGAAAAAUCCAGUCUUUGUGAAAACACUUCAACAGGUGACCUGGGGGAAGAAGGUGGGGGAAAACCUCUGAAUUUGGACAGUAACUUUAAAUCACCCAAAGGGAAUUCCCAGCCUCGUGGUUGUGAACCUGAACAACAAAUGAGCACAGAGAAAACGGCUGCCCCUGAUGGCCUGGAGAACCAGCUGGUGGCUUCACUGCAGCUGGCCAGGGAGGAAUGCCCAGGGAGUUUUGAUUUUUUUAACACUGAGGCAGAAGGCAAAAAUUGGGAGCAGUCAGGCUGUACCAGGACUGAAAAGGUUUGUUUAGAUGGUGCACACAGUUCACUGCUCCUCCACCCUGGGAACAAUCAUAUUAAGCAAAGUAAGCAGGAUGAGUCCUGGGAAAAGGCUUUUGCUAGAGAAGCUGUGCUGGAAUCUGAACCCAAAGCUGAGAGUCAAGAAAAGCCUGAGAGCUCCAGCAAGUCAGGAGAAAGUACAAAAAUGCCAGAAUUAAAACUCGAUCUCCGGGCCUCAAAUGAAUUGUCAGGGACCAUGGGAGAAACCAAGGAGGCCUCCCAGGCUCUGGAAACCACAGAACAGAACAGUCACAUCACCAGGGCACCUCACAGAGGAGCAGAGCAGGAACCUGCAGCUGCACACAGCAGUGCUGGGGAUGGAAAUCAAAAUGAGGGCGUUCAACAAGAGAAGCACCAAACUGCAGUGGAAAGUUCUGUGGAGGAUGAAGAUUUGGCUCAGAAAGGUAAAUGUAAAUCGGAGGUGCACGUGGCUGCAGAAAGUCACAGAAAUGCACAGAUGGAUCAUUCAGAACAGACACCUGCGGGCGUUUCAAACAACCCUGACACACAAUCUUGUGUGCCAGGUCCAGCACUGCCCCAGAGUGGCUCUGACAGGCCAAAGGAACAGGAGGAGGAUGACAGCAGCGCUGAGGAUGUGAGCAAACACUGGCACGGCGGUGUGACCACGCUUAAUUUGCGAGAUUGCAAGGAGCAAAACAAAACCCAUCUCGAGGCAGAAGAGAAGUGCUGCAGUAAGCAAAACUCAAGCAAGCCCGAGCAGGGUGAUAAUUCUUUGAUCUCAGCCAGGCAGCAUGAAGCAGCGUGUCAGAGAGACGCGUUUUGUAAAGAACUCAGAAAGAAUGAGCAGCCAGGCAGCGUGUGCAGGAGGGAGGAUAAUGCUGGUGGAAGCUGUGCUGCUGCUGGAAACACAGGGACACAGGAUUCAGCAAGUGCCACUAACAUAUCACAGGCUUGGCCAAGAGAUACAGAAAUAGCACAUACUUCUGAUCAUUCUGAGAAAAAUGAUCCUCAAAUAUCUCCGCCAGAAAUGCAAAGCAAAAUGCCAUUAAUGGCAAAAAACUCUGAAAAUAUUCUGACUGCUGAUGGGGGAGUCAUCCAGAAAAAUGGAAAUAUAGAGAUGAAUUGUGAGGACAGUGCUUCUGUCCCAGAAACAAGCAAUAUAAAGCCUGAUACAAGUCAAGGGGCACAAGGAUCUCCUUCACCAUUACAGGCACACGGGGAAGUCAUUCCCACUAAUGACUCAUAUAAAUCCAGCUCUAUUCAAAAUGCAACAGAGCAGCCUGGUUAUUGUCAAGCAGAUUUUACAAUUUCUGCACUCAGCCAUCCCAGCCAGCAACCUGGAAACAACAAGGACAAGGGUACUGGUGGGGGAUCGCUAAACAACGAGCUGGAAGUUGUAGCAUCCCAAAACACCUUAGAAGGUAACUCUAGUUUGCAGAGUCCCCCAGGUCCUCAGGUGUCAGCACCCUUAGGUCCCUCACCCAGGGUAAGCACAGAUAAAACAGCAAAUUCAGAAAACAGCUCUGCAGGGAAUAUGUGUGUGAGUGAAAAAGACUGCCCAGACCAAAGUUUUCAGGGUGAUGGAGACAGAAUGUUUGCCCUGUCAGAGACUUUGAAUGUAAAGCAGAGAACUGGAAACUUAUCACACUUCAGUUCUGAGAAGCUGAAGAAAGAGAUCUCUGCAAUUAAAUCCAAACAAACAAAAAGUGAGCUAAACUUCAAAGAACAGCAAAGUGACAGUUCAGCAGAGUCUCUGUUAGCACUCCCUACUACAGAAGGGAAGCUGCUGAGCCUUUCAUCAUCACGAGAAGGCUGUAAUGAGGAAAUUGCAACCAAUAUCUGCGUGGAUGACACGCAGAAAAAGAUCUUAGAGAAACCUGGGAAUUCAGAAAAAAUGGAAGAGCUUUCAAAAGAGAAUAAUAACAUAACCAGGGCAGACAUCAGCGUUUCCGAGCAGUCUGCAGAGAACUCUGGAAGGGAGCAUGAAGCUCUGACUUGCAGCUCUCUGGACAUUGGCUCCAGCAUCCCAGACUUCAGGGAGCACAUCAGCCAGAUUUUUAAAAAAACUGUCCACAGCACACUGAGUGCUGAAUUACCCCAACUUCUGACUGAAAACCAUGCAGGCUUCAAGCAGAGUCCAGUGGCCAAGGACACAGCAGAACUCUGUGGUGCUGAGAACUUUUCAGAACCAAACGAGGCGGGCGAAGGAGCUCCCGAGGGCACCUCAGCAGCAGAGGGGCAAGAGUUGUCUUUAGCUACUGAGAUUUCCUGCAAAGCUGCCGAGGGCAGAUCUCUGCAACAAGAAAACCCAGGGGCAGAGCUGCCACCUGCAAGUCUCCAGGACCCUGAGGAAAGCAGGCAGCCCUGUGGCUGUUUAGAAGUGGUCCCUGGCUUGGAUGGCGCUCCAUCUGCCGAACAAGCUCCGGAAAAUCUGCAAAAGCCAGGCAAACCCACUGAGAGCAGUGAGAUGGAAAGAGAGGAGGGCGUGUGUGCUGGUGGCGUUGAUCCUGAAUCACUAAUAAGCUUAGAGAUAAAGAAGCAAGGACCAGCUUCAUUUGAUGGGGCAGCAGCUGAGAACUUCCCUGCGUGUCCCGACAGCCAGCAGCAGCUCACCGGAGCUGCUCUCUCUGCAGGCGAUGUUCAGGGGAGGCACGUAGAAGAUGCUGCUGCCACAGAGGGAAAUAACUUAAUUACAGAGUGCAAUGCAGAACCAGUUCCCUCUGAAGAGGAUGUAAGUCUUCCUGCUGCACAGUGCCAGGAUCCCGAGCCAAAUGAACAGGAGAAAAGUGAGUACGGUGAUGCAGACGUUGCCAAGAGCAUCUCUGACACGGCAGCUUCAACGCUUGUCCCGGGAGGAUCUUACAACCACGGAGAAUUGCCAGGCAAUUUCAGUGUGUCACCUGAGGGAAAACAGGAGGCAAACAUUCACAGCAAUUCUGUGCAUGAUUUUAGGUCGCAGAGUGACAUGCAGCUGAUACAGGACGCAGCAGUAAAUGGGAAAUGCUUGGAAACACCGGGAGAGUCUCAAGAUGCACAGCAAGGAAAGAAAGUGGCCAUGGAUGGGUUAAUAAAUUACUUAAAAAGCGAAGUAAGCCAGGAUGAUUGCUUGCAAACUGACUGUAAACUAGAGUCUGGCAGUAUGACUGAGGGAGAUGUGAAAGAGAACAGUGACACAGUGUUAAGCACAGCAAGGACAGGUCAUGAAAAAAGUGGAGACAUCCCUGAAACUGGUACUGCAAGGAUGUUAGUCACUGCUGAGGGACACCUACCUAUAAACACGAGCACUGAGGAGCAGCAGGCAGACCUGGACAAAAAUCACUCUCCAGCCCUCCCUGUGAUGGAGCAGGGCAAGGAUUCUGCACGUGCAGGUCUUGUUGUUGCUGAAAAUCAGCCAAGCAAGAUGAAUUCGGAACACGAAAGCUCCCUCCAGGAUGCCAAAGGAAAGCUAUCACCUCCUGCAUUAACUGAGCCUAAGAACCUUGACCUCAGUGAACUUCAAGACAUGGCUGUGGCAGGAUUACCCUCUGAAAGCCCUCCUGGGCCAGGUGAUGAUAAUCAGUUGGCUUCUCCCCUGGAUCCCUGUGAGCAUCCCUCAGCCGAGUCUGCAGCCUUUGGCAAUGCUGUCCCGGUGGGAGCUGCUGAGCUGACUGCAGCCAGCACUUCCAAGCCUGAUAGCUGCAAGGGAGUUGAUAAUCACAUUUCUGAGGAUGCACCUUUGGCUGUGGCCCCUGGUGAUGGUGUAGAGCUGCCUGCUCAAGAAACCAAAGGUUUCACAAGGGAAAAAAAAAGGAGCUCUGACUCUGAAGAAGCAUUUGAGACCCCAGAGUCCACUACACCUGUCAAGGCACCACCUUCACCUCCACAGCCUCCCCCUGAAGCAGCAGCAGCAGCAGCAGCAGUUGUUGCAGACGUAGCAGAGCAAGAAAUAAAACCUCAGCUGCCCGUGGAAGAUACAGGACUGUGUUCAGAAGCUGAACCCGUAACCGAUGUGUCACACAGUGAGCCAGUUCAGGAGAGCCCCUUCCGUCCCCCUUGCCAUUCUUUCUCCACUGUCUUCGACGAGGACAAGCCCAUAGCCAGCAGUGGAACCUACAACUUGGACUUUGAUAACAUUGAGCUGGUCGAUUCUCUCCAUGCCUUAGGACCGAGCUCUGCAGAGCCCAAGAAUCGUGACCCCAAAGCAAAUGUCCGGAGAAAAUCCACGGAUUCGGUCCCAGUUUCCAAAUCCACGUUGUCUCGGUCUCUCAGCCUGCAGGCCAGUGAUUUUGAUGGAGCAUCUUACCUUGGCAACAGUGAGACAUUAGCACCAUCAGCAGAUGUGUACGGUACUGGUUCCAGCAGCGCUUCCAGUACCCUCAAGAGAACAAAAAAACCCAGACCAGCUUCCUUAAAAAAGAAGCAGUCGGCCAAAAAACCUCUGGAUGCUCCACUGGUGAAGGAAACCCCACAAGAACCGCCUGAGCUCGGCCAAGCAGCUUGUGAGGACAAAGCACCUGAGGUGAAGGCUGACUCAGCAAAGCCCGAAUGUACUGAACCUUCCAAAAUCUCUGCUGAGAAAGAGGAGGCCCCGCCUGUGCCUGAAGGAUCCGAGCCUUCGGAUCCGGACAGUUUCGAAGGGAUUAGUGCAUUUAGCUCCGGAGGCAGCAAAGUGCAGAACUCUCCCCCUGCCAGCAGGAAAACGCUACCUCUCACCACGGCCCCCGAGGCUCUGGAGGUGACUCCGCCGGACACCGGGGGACAGGAGGACCCUCCCGUCAAAGCGGUGAGGCUGGAGUUUGAUUAUUCUGAGGAGAAAGGGGGGAGUGAAGACCAGCAGGAGAGCGCUCCUCCUCCCAAAAAAGCAGGGAAAAAGCCUGGUGCUAAAAUGCCGCUACGGAGGCCAAAGACUAAAAAAGCGGUGGAGAAGCUUGACAAUGCUCCAACCACCCCGACCAAGUCGCCCACUGAUCCAAACGAAAUCCCCAUCACGAAAGGCUCUUACACUUUUGAUAUCGACAAGUGGGACGAUCCCAAUUUUAACCCCUUCUCAUCCAGUACAAAAAUGCAGGAAUCGCCCAAACUGCCUCAACAAACGUACAGCUUCGAGCCGGACAUGUGUGAGGACUCCAUUGACCCUUUCAAGUCUUCUUCUAAGCUAGCCAGCUCGCCUUCCAAAUCUCCAGCUUCCUUUGAGAUACCAGCCAGUGCCAACGAAACGAACGGAACGGAAGGAGACAGCCUGAACAAACCUGCCAAGAAGAAGAAGACACCACUAAAAACGAUGGUAGAAGAUGUGAUGUCUGUAUGUUCUCUGUUUGAUACAUUUAGGGUGAAAAAAUCACCAAAAAGAUCCCCACUAUCAGAUCCUCCUUCUCAGGAUCCUACUCCACUGCCAACUCCAGAAACGCCUCCUGUCAUCUCCACGGUGGUGCACGCCACGGAUGAGGAGAAGCUGGCGUCCUCCGUGACGGGUCAGAAGUGGACCUGCAUGACUGUGGACCUGAACACGGACAAGCAGGACUACCCACAGCCCUCUGACCUGUCCACCUUCGUCAACGAGACCAAGUUCAGCUCUCCCACAGAGGAAUUGGAAUAUGGCAACUCAUACGAAAUAGAAUAUAUGGAGAAAAUAGGCUCCUCUGUGCCUCAGGAUGACAGCACCCCGAAGAAGCAGUCCUUGUACCUAAUGUUUGAUGCACAGCAGGAGAGCCCAGUGAAAUCACCUCCCAUCAGGCUGUCUGACUCCACCACCCCCUGCUCAGGAUCAAGUUUUGAAGACCCUGAAGCCCAGCAGUCCUCUGGCAUGAAAAUACCACACCCAGCUUCCCGAGUGCUCGCUACCAGCCAAGAGGCACAUUUACAGUCCCCUGACAAGGCCAAGCAGAAGGACCUGGAGCCCAUGACUCUAGGAACAACUCCAGAGGCUAUUGAAAUCACAUCUCCUGAAGACUCCUUUGUCUCUGCUGAUGCUCUUCUCAAUAGGAUAUCUAAGAAAGCCUCAAUAUGUGAUCAGCCUGAAUAUCUAGAUCCUGACCUAGCAGAAAAGAACCCCCCAGUAUUUGCUCAGAAACUUCAGGAGGAGCUAGAGUUUGCUGCCAUGAGGAUAGAAGCUCUGAAGUUAGCCAGGCAGAUUGCCCUCUCCUCCCUGCGCUCCAAGAGAGAACCUGCUAUCCCAGCAGAUGUUUCCAUCUCCAAAAGUGCUCUGUACUCCCGCAUCGGUACCUCGGAUGCAGAAAGCACCACGGCUCUGCUCUACCCCCAGCAGGACCUGGACUCUGCACUACGCCUGGCCAGAGCAGAGAUUGUGGCCAAGGAAAGGGAAGUAUCUGAGUGGAAAGAGAAAUAUGAAGAAAGCAGAAGGGAAGUGAUGGAAAUGAGAAAAAUAGUUUCGGAAUAUGAGAAGACGAUUGCUCAGAUGAUAGGCAAGCCUGAGGAUGAACAGAGAGAGAAAUCUGUCUCCCACCACACUGUUCAGCAGCUCAUAGUGGAGAAGGAGCAAGCUCUGGCCGAUCUGAACUCAGUGGAGAAAUCCCUGGCAGAUCUUUUCAGGAGAUACGAGAAGAUGAAAGAAGUCCUGGAGGGAUUUCGGAAGAAUGAAGAAGUGUUGAAGAAAUGCGCGCAGGAAUAUUUGUCACGAGUGAAGAAGGAGGAGCAGAGGUAUCAGGCACUCAAAAUUCAUGCUGAGGAAAAACUGGACAGAGCCAAUGCUGAAAUUGCACAAGUGAGAGGCAAGGCCCAGCAGGAGCAGGCAGCGUACCAGGCCAGCCUUCGGAAGGAGCAGCUCAAAGUGGAUGCCUUGGAGAGAACACUGGAACAAAAGAAUAAAGAGAUAGAAGAAUUAACAAAGAUUUGUGAUGAACUGAUUGCCAAAAUGGGGAAAAGCUAACUUUUAACCAAAUUUCUGGACUUCGAUAUUGAGUGCAAUAUGACCAUUGGCACACUGAUGUCCAUACAUUUAUGUGGACAGGUUAUAUUUUCACUUUUUCGUAUGCACUACUGUAUUUUCUUUCUAAAUAAAGUUGAUUUAAUUGUAUGCAGUACUAAGAUGACUAUCAGAAUUUCUUGCUAUUGUUUGCAUUUUCAUAGUAUAAUUCAUAGCAAGUUGAUCUCAAAGUUCCUGUAUCAGGGAGAUUGUCAAGUUCUCUAAGAAAUUACAAAUUGCUGAUCCUAGCCUUCCCUUUGUACAUGAGUUCCCAUGUUGGAUGUCUUUUGGAUUUAAUAUAAACAUGUAUUACUUGCAUGGGGACUCUUGCCUUAAGGAAUGUAAACUUUAUCUGCAUUUGCUGAUUUGUAAAAUAAAAUCUGAAAAAAAAAAAAAAAAGAAAAUGCAUGUCACAAAUGAAAUUCUCUAUUGUAAAUAAAUUUUUUCGUUGGAAGUUGAA